AUGCAUUCAAUCUGUAUACGUAAUUCAUUUGCCAUUCGUCAAACAUUGUUUCUCACAUAUCAGUCGACUCAGACGACAUCACCAUUUCAUUCUCAUCUAGUUAAUUAUCGAUUUUCUUCUUCAAAUUCGAAUUCUACACCACAAAAACGUUCCGUAAAUAAUUUAUUUAAACAAUUUCGUCAAUUAUUACAUCAUUAUUUUCUCGGUUCAAAAUUAUUAUUUUCAAAUUAUAAACAAACAAAAUUAAUUCGUGAACAAAAAAUGCCAUUACGUUUAACUCGUCCAGAUCGAAAUUUACUCACACAAUUUCGUUCAGAUUUAAUAGUAGGUAUUCCAUUUAUUUCGUUAUUUAUGGCACCUAUUAUUGGCUAUACAGCACCAUUAUUAGCCUUUAUUGCACCGAGAUAUUUACCAUCAACAUUAAUUACACCAAAUCAAAAAUCUUCAUUUGUACUCAAUGAUUCUGUCGUGUCAUCUGAAAUUGUUCAAUCAUUGAUCAAUCAAUUCGAUACAAAUUACGAUGAUGAAAUGUUUAAAAAUGUUAUUCCUUUGAGACAAUGUGUAGAAGAGUUAUUGUCUAGUAAAAUAGAUUCAAUUAAUUUUCUAACAUCUUCAAUACCAUUGCUCAUCUCUUCAUUUGAGUCAUAUCCACUCUCAUCAUUUUCACGUGAACAUUUAUUAUUAUUGCAUCGUAGUCUAGUUCAUUCAUCAUUUAUUGCCGAGUAUGUAUUGACCAAAAAUCAAUUAAUUAAUAGUUUAGAACAGUGGAAAGAGAAAAUCACGUACGAUGAUUAUUUAUUGACAAAAGGAAAAGAAAACUUGAAUGAGUUAACAUCAAGUGAUUUAGUUCAAACUUUAUAUGAUAGAGGUCUUUAUUUACAUCCACAAGAAAUGGCUCAAGUUUUACAACAAGAACAAAAUAGACUAUUAACAAAUAUGAAGAAGAAGAGAGAUAUGAAUGAAAUAAUUUCAGAGCCAUCAACUAAUUUAGUCAAAGAAUGGCAACAAUUAUUGUCAACAUGGUUAAAAUUGUAUAAAAAUAACAACAUACCUACUAGUCUACUGGUACAUCUUGGACCAUUUUUAACAACAAAGAAAAGAUAG